AUGAGCAUCUUGAGCUGGAACUGCCGGGGGUUGGGUAGCGACUGGACAGUUCAGGAAUUGCUGGGCCUCGUGUCCAGCCAGCAACCCAGUUUCGUUUUCCUUAUGGAAACGAAAGCAACGACGUCACAAGUUGAACGAAUAAGAGUACGCAUGGGGUUCGAAGGUCGACUGUGUGUGGAGCGGAAUGGCAGGGGCGGUGGAUUAGCCGUUCUUUGGAGAGAUGCGACAAUGGCCACGUUGAUCAAUUAUUCAACAAAUCACAUAGAUGUAUGCGUUAAAUUACCGGGGAUUCCAGAGUGGCGACUUACCUGCUUUUACGGGAAUUCGGACCAAAACAGACGGCAAGAGUCCUGGGAUCUACUUCGCGAGCUCAGAGAUCAGUCAUCCCUCCCAUGGGUCACCAUUGGGGACUUCAAUGAUAUCACGUGCCAAUCAGAGAAACGGGGGCCUCACCCUCAACCUACGGCUCUCAUCGAGGGUUUUAAUGACUCUCUUAUGGACUGUCAGUUAUUCGACUUGGGCAUGGAAGGUAGUCGAUUCACCUGGGAAAAGGGGCGCGGUACUGAGGCAUGGGUCGAAGAACGUCUCGACAGAGCGGUGGCUACUCCUAGUUGGCUUGACAUUUAUGAGACGGCUGUGGUCCGCAAUCUGCUAACUUUGGAGUCGGAUCAUACUGCUAUUUUAUUGGAUGUGGAUACGGGAGCUGUUCGAAGGGCCAAGAAAAGGUUCAGGUUUGAAUCUGCAUGGCUACAAGAAGAAGGUUGUCAUAGGGUGGUCGACCAAGUGUGGAAUUUGACGCAUGGCAUGGAUUUUCAAAGCCGAUCAUGGAGUGUGGGCGCCAUUUGGGACGAUGGGUAG